GCCUCCGAAAACUCCGCGCAACCGCGAUGAGUGCCUAUUUGAGGAGACUGAAAAACGAACUAGGAGCGAAAGGCUUGGAGAGCGACUUUGUGGCACAAGAUUAUUGCGUUAUGGCACUGCACAACAAGAAAGACUGUCUUCAAUCUACUUCCGAUUUCUUUCCCCGUGACGCCCGGCAUUUCAAGUCGUUUUGCGACUCUAUUGGCUUCAACAACGCAACCGCAUCCUCGUUGAUCACAUUACUAGCGAACCUCCCGGAAUUUCUGGGGCCAAUGAGAACUAUCAUCGACUUGAAACAGUUGCGCGACGCUGUGGUUUGUUUCGCGGAGCUGCAAGGGAAGUUUCACUGCUCGGCGAACGCGGAUUUUUCGCGGAGGAUGAACAGUAGCCUCUCACAGCAGGAGAGCGCGGCUGCAAGACGGGCGGAAAGCGCCCUUCACUCCUUUUCCCCAUCACAUUCAACGAUCCCCGUGAGAACUACAACAGCCGAAGCUUGCACAAAAACAGCACCUGCAAAUGGAAGCACCAGCGCCAUGGCAUCUAGUGACUCCGCCCUUCCAGCGGCCAGGUCAUCAACAGCGCUGAGGCAAAGAAGGAAGGAAUCCGGAUCGUCCCUGAAGAAUUCCCCGCUCGCAUCAACGCCACCGUGUAGGAGGGUCGUGCACGUAGCAGGUCCUCGCACGGGAAAUAAAGGAGACCACGACAACAUCUCAGCUACUCGGAAAGUCAAUCUAAUAGAUGCAGACCUUGUGGUAGAAGACCACGACUCUUACCCGCGGAGCACCACCGCCAGCAGCAGCUCGUGCAUCGCGUCGACUCCAUCGAGUCCGAGUUCCACAGAAGCAGGGGAAGAUCAUGCUGCGGUGGACGUAGAGGUAGAUGUGGAAGAAGGCCGCGACUCUUGUCCCCCACAAGAAACAAGAACAGCAAGCGUGUUGACCAAAACUGGACUGAAUGACGAUCACGACGACGGGUCAGCAACAUCUUCGUGCUAUUCGCUGAAAACCUUCAACUGGUCCGACCUGGAAUACUAUUUUCAGUACGCAAAUUGCAUGUGCCAAACCGCUGCCACGCUCAUGCUGGACUUGAGCUGCGGGCGGAGCCGGAGCGAGGAGAAAGAAAGCGACACAAGGUGCGAGGAGAACAGCACGGAAACGUUGUCCAGCAGCUUCCCAAUCAUGAGCAAACUCCCGCGCCUUUUCAAGCCGUCUUCUGAGGUGUUCGAACUGCUCCUCAAGGGCGCCUUGAAGCACCGAAGUGACAAAGAAACGAUCGACGUCGUCUAUUCCGACCACUGGAGCCAGCAGCUGUACCAACCCGCGUUCGCAGUCUGUAUUGACCACACAAAAAAAGCAAUUGUGGUUACGAUCCGCGGUUCCGUCGGGCUGAUGGACAUCUGUACAGACUUGAUCUGCUUGCCAAAGCCGAUCGUAAAGGACGAGUUCUUAUGUGGUUCCUUGGGCAGUGGAAGUGGUCAGGUCCUCGCGGAGCCUCUAUCUUAUCCCACGAAAAAAGUGUUACAGUUACACAUUUGUAGUCAAUUCAUCAACACAUUUCUCUGCAUGAGACAGAAAACUUGCAAUGCAGAAAUCCUACGGGAAAACACCUAUGAAACGAGGCUCCUAUGCAUAUUCAGCAUGACAGAGCUUGUCUGUCUUGCUUGGCCUGUAAGUGUAACACUUUUUUCUUGCGAUACAUCUGAACGGUUGGCCAGUUGUAGCCCUUUUCCGCAUGCGGAAAUCGGAAAUCCGUUUUUCAAAGGCGACGAAGGGUUUGUCCCCCGGGACCUCAUAUCAAAAGUAAAAAUGUCUGGGUCUGGAAACUUGUGAUGCUGGGUGGCGUCUCAUGAUGAGGCUACAAAUGCUGGCUCAGCAUGACAAGUUUCUGAGCUCCUAGGUGUUGCGUAUUCUGCAUGACAAACUGCGCUUCAAAAAAAUUUCUGUUUUGGAGUUUACCGGGUGACCCUUCUGGUCGUCACCAUUCCGCCGGUGUCUGUGCUCUCGGGCGCGUCACCCACCUCAGGACCUCAGGUUAAGAGUUUGUCGACGUAAUUUACAAAGGGACGCCCUGCCCUUAGUUUCCCAACAUGACAAACUGCGCUUCUGCAUCACAGAAAAACGGAGCUCUUGGGUAACGUGCAUGACAGAUUUAAGGGUCAUGCCAGACAACCAUGACAAACGUGAAUUCUUCCAGACCCAGACAUUUUUGCACUUGAUACCUCAGUUACUUCCGGGGUGACGGAUUGGAACGCGUCGAGACAUGUAAAAUAGCUGCCGAGGUGGACGAGGGCCAGAGCUAUUGCGAGCCACCAGUAGCAGACGCAGACCGAUCAAAAUCAAAAAACAGCUGUGGUGACCCGCCAGCUGCGUACCAAUUUCCAAGAAAAGACUGGAGGCACGAGUACGGAAACCAUUUCAAACCGCUUUUUUGCCCCGAAGGCUUUCAGUUGACGAACACAGAGAACUGCUAUUACGUGCACGAGGGGAUGUUUCACGCAGCCAAAAUUUUGUCGGAUAAGGCGCUGCCGGUUGUGUUGGAAGCACUGGAAAGAACAAGCAGUCGGUUAGCGGAGGAGAGUUGUAGGCAGGGCGCCGAUCAUCAUUUUGACCAGCAGAACAAAGAAGGCAAAAUUGGCGCUGGUGAUACAGAUUCACGCACAACAAAAGGAACUGGGGGACCAACAGCAACAGCAGAACAAGCACAGCUAAACACAUACGAUGUUGUCCUGACCGGCCACAGUCUAGGGGGCGGCACGGCCGCGCUUCUGUAUCUCUUGUGGAAGCCACUAUUUGGUGAAGGGCAGAGCAAGAGCCUAGACUUUGGGAAGCGAAAGGGAAAGCAUUUGGCUAGUACCCCAGCUGAAAAUAAAGACAAUAUCCAGCAGGGAAACAUACUGGCCGCUACCCGGCUCCGCGCGUACGCGUUCGCUUGUCCUUGCGUCUGCUCCUUGAAUCUGAGCGAGAAGUACUUCGCAGACAGUGUAUCGAAAGGAAAAAUCCCUCCUCCCCAUAUCAAAACGGAAUUUCUCAUGCUGGAUUUGUGUACACAAAUCAGCUUUGUCUUGCAGUAGAGGACUGCAGGCGUCUGCCAAGCCUGAGUAGAGAGCUUUUGGCCUAGGCGCUUAGCAUGAGAGACGACUAUGCUGUAGGCCCAACAGCAUCACAAAGCGCCUGCAUAAUGCAGCAGAGCCUGUGGAGUUGUUUUCUUGCAAGACAGGCGUGAUUUGUGGUCUCAAAUCAGCAAGACAAAUUUUCGGAAACAUACCGCUUCGACAUGGGGAGGGGGGAUGUUUCCGCUCAAUACAGUGCAAAUUUUGUUUCCGUAGCGGAGAACGUGGAUGCGAUUUGCCGCUUGUCUGUGCGCAGUGUGGAAUUUCUCCGCAUUUACUUGACGGAGGUUUUGGAACGCCACCAGCAGGCUAAAAGUACAAAGCAGAUGAACUCCGUGCAACCGCCGGGGAGCAGUAACAACAACGGAGAACAAUCUCGUCCUUCACCAAACAGUAUUUACAGAGGGCUCGAACAAGACGCUUUAGAUAAGGACUUCUGGGAGUCCCUUGAACUGCAGAAACGUGACAUCGACGGUCGCGCGCCGGGGCGGAUCCUGCUCCCAGCGGGGAAGAAGGUAUUGCGGAUCGACCAUGACGACGACGACGCCGCUUCCUUCGUUGAUCCGCGUGCUUUUGAUGAUUUUUUGCUGCAUCGAAAAAUGCUCGCGAAUCAUUCCCCGGCCAGCUACGAAAUGUUUGUCGCCCGAGUGGUGCAGAAGCAUGCUGCCGCUUGAAGAUGUUGUGGAGCUUGUAUAUUUUCAGUUGCGUCACGCAGAAACUGCUAAGUACUACUGCAGUAUAGUAGACGCGUAUGACUACAAAUUUUGCUUAAUGUGCAUGUUUGUACUAAAAACUUGAUACUCUUCAAUCAUCGUCGGGAGGGACUCAGGCCUUGUGGCUACUACUUCUAUCCAUUCUUUUUGAUAUUCAUUUUCCGCAGAUGCAAUUUUGUUUUUCCGCGAGCAUGAAGCGUGACUUGGUUCGAUUUUCCUGCAGUAGCUCUGCGCGCGUCCAAGGAAUCGCGUUGGAUGCGGUUGAUUAUCGGCAAAACAUGUCGCGAUCUUGUCGCCUUCGUUUAUAAAUUCACAGUACAUGAUUCCUCUGAGUGACGUCGCGCCGUCUCCGAAGACACAUUCGACGAGCAGAAGAAU